CUUUCUUAUUAAAAAAAAAAAAAAAAAAAGCCAUCUGGUGUCAAAUUCACUCCUGGCACAUCAUAAAGGGUAACACUAAAAAUGUCCCCAAAAAACUAAAAGCGAAACCACAGCAGUACACGUGGGAUUUAAUCUCAGCAUCCUAGAAUUUGAGUUGAUAGGGCCCUCCGAGAUCAAACCCUUCCUGUACACAGGAGGAAACUGAGGCCGGGAGGAUUAUGCGAUUCUUUCAAAAAAUGUUUACUGAGCGCCUAGUAUGUUCAAGGCACUCUUCAGGCGCCACAGAUGAAUCAUGAGCACAACAGUGAGGCAGAAACCCCCGCCUCUUUGGAGCUUUCCGUGGGAGGUUCUUGCCUCGGCCCUCGGGCCUGCGUCUGCCGCCGUUUUUCAACGGCCUCGAAGGCGGGAGCCCUGGCUGGACCACCCCGGGCCGGGGGCCGGGCCUGGGGCCUCAGGCCGCCCCGCUUUUCCCGCCCGGAGCCGCCGUGUGCAAAGGGGCGAAGUCUGCGGCCGCCGGCGGCUGUGCACUUCCCGAGCUUCCCCCGCGGAGCACGGCGCCGCAUUCCUCCGCGCUGAGCAAACAGCUUUUCCUCCGAGGGCGGCGGGCCGGGCCGGGCGGGGCCUCUCGCGCUGGGGCCCUCGCGAGGGCGCGGCCCGGGUGCUCCCCGGGGAGCGGAGGCGGGAGAGCGGGGGCCGCAGGGCCGGGGCCCCAGCCUGCCCUUCCGGCAGCGCCGCGGGACUGCCCAAGGACCAAGUGCGUGCCGGGCCUCACCCGACCUUGAUGCUGGCGUUGGUCCGGGUUGACUGCCCACUCCGAUGCCUUGCAAAGGGAUUUAUGGAAUAAUCGGGAAUCUUUGCCUACCGUGAGCUUUUCCCUUUAGGAAGGUUCUUCUCAUUGGUGGUGUGACAGAGGGCACUGAAGCUGUAUUCCUGCAGUGAUCUUAGCAUAAAGACCCUCCAUCUAACAGGGAAAGGGCGGGUGAGACAACACUAGGCUUAUGCCUCAUCCUCAGCAGGUGACCAAAGGAGGAAAAUAAAACAGAACUUCCACAUGCUCUCUGGUGAGCUGGAACCCCUGGUACUGGUUGCUCUGAGAAGCCAUGGGUUUUCUUCCUUGGACAAUUUCAGAGCCCAUCAUUAUGGUUUACGGAAAGGAAGUGGUGCUGAGAGAGACCCCUGCUUCUCCUGCCAGCUCUUCUCCCUUGAGAAAGCCCCUCCACUUCUCCUGAGCUUGGUUUCAGAAGUGAUGGUUCAUCCUCUCCCGUUGGGAGUCCUUCCGGGAUGGGCUCCAUGUAUUCCUCCAGCGGCAGGGGGAUGGUUGAGAUGACCUUUUCAGGUCACUCAGGAAAUCUUCCAGUUUCUCAGGAUGAUCUAAGCAUCUCCCUUUCCUUUAGAAGCUGUCAGAGCUAACUCCGCGUGGGCGUGGGCUCCUGGCAGCUACCUCACCUCCCCUCCAAUAUUUAAAAGAUCUAUGCUGGUUCUUAGGGCUUCCUAAUCACAGGCCCUUUUAUUCUGGGCUCUGCCUGAAAGGCCACAUCCGUUUUUUCCUGAAAGCUAGCUAGGUCCUCUGGGCUAAACACGACCGCCCCACAGCUCUAGAAAUGGCUGAUUUUCGUUAUGCCCUUUCCAACCAGAUUAUUUCUUAAAUUGCUCUCCCCCGGCUGGGUGUUCUGGGACACAAACGCUAGUGUGUGGGAUCCCCGGCUUUCCUUUCUCCCUGAGCAGCUGGGGGAGAGCCUCAGUUUCUCCUGGCCUGCGGGCAGCAGCCGACCCAGCCUAGGGAAUGGGCCUCGUGUACUCUCGGGGGCCCAGGACUGCGGGGCCGCGCCGAGGACCCUCUGAAAGGCAGACCACCACGAGGCAGCGUGCACACUGCCGCGCCCCGGAGCCCGCCGCCGCCUGUCCCCGCGUCUGAGGUCCACAGGAAGAGCGGCGGCAACGCGCGCCCCGGAGGAGGCUUUGUGAACCCAGGCUUGGCGCGCCCCCCGCGCGCGCCCCUCACAGGCAGCCGGGGCCAGCCUGCCGCCGGGGCCCCUCUGGGAAGGGCUCGGAGGCGACGCGGGGAGGGGGCCAGGGGAGGAGGGAGCGUUCCUGCAAAUCACAUGAUUUUCCCGCUUAUAUAAAUCACAGCUUGUUUUUCUCAACCGGGUGCAGACUUAAA